AAAAUAUCCAAUGUUAAGAUCUACCGCUUGUCGUUCCAUUCGUGUGGCUGCUGCCUCCAGAUGCACCACCAAGAUCUUACUUCCUACCAUUACUACUGUAGUCCGCAGAACCGCUUCUACCCACGCGGCACAACUUUCCCACAUCAAAUCACCACCAUUCCUCGCCAAUGAACCAGUGCGUCCCUUCUCAUUCAAAGACACCAAAGACUGGGAUUUACUUCGUGCCUCAUUGACCAAGUUCACUGAUGAAGGUGCAUUAAGCGUCCCCCUUGUCAUCAAUGGUAAGAAGAUCUACCGUGAUGAAACUAAACCACAAGUCAACCCAUCCCACCACUCACAAAACCUUGCCAAUGUUUCUCAAGCCACUGCUGAAGACAUCAAGGCCGCCAUUGAAGCUGCCAAGUCCGCCAAAGCUAAAUGGGCCGCUACUAGUUGGACCGACCGUGCCGCAAUUUUUUUGAAAGCUGCUGAUUUGAUCAGUACCAAAUACAGAUACGAUAUGCUUGCCGCUACUAUGCUUGGACAAGGUAAGAAUGUCUACCAAGCUGAAAUUGAUUGUGUUGCUGAACUAAUUGAUUUCUUCAAAUUCAACGUCAAGUAUGCUGAAGAAAUGUAUGGAACCCAACCAAUUCAAACUGCUCCUGGAGUAUGGAACCGUGCUGAGUACAGACCCCUCGAAGGGUUUGUUUAUGCCGUUACUCCAUUCAAUUUCACCGCUAUCGCCGGUAAUUUGGUGGGUGCCCCUGCAUUAAUGGGUAAUACUGUGGUGUGGAAACCAAGUGCUACCGCUGCCUUGAGUAACUACUUGCUUUUGACUAUUUUGGAAGAAGCCGGAUUGCCUGCUGGUGUCAUCAACUUUAUCCCUGGUGAUCCAAUCCAAGUCACUGAUUUAGUCUUGGAGGAUCCUGAAUUCUCGGCGUUACACUUUACUGGUUCCACCGAUGUCUUUAAGAACUUGUACUGCAAGAUCAGUAACAACGUUGCUGCUGACAAGUACCGUGAUUUCCCAAGAAUUGUCGGUGAAACCGGUGGUAAGAACUUCCACUUGAUCCACCCAUCCGCUUCAAUAAACCACUCUGUGUUGUCUACUUUACGUGGUGCUUUUGAAUAUCAAGGACAAAAAUGCAGUGCCACUUCAAGAGCAUACGUUCCCGAAUCUAUCUGGCCCGAAUUCAAAGAUCAAAUCGCUGCUGCAGUCGACACCAUCACCAUUGGCAACACCUCUGAUCCCUCCCAACUCAAUGCAUUCAUGGGUCCAGUAAUCCAUCAACAAUCAUUUGAUAAAUUAAAAGCCGUUCUCGACAACGCCAAGACUGACCCAGAAUUGGAAAUCAUCACUGGUGGGUCCUAUGACAGCACUAACGGAUACUACGUCCAACCAACUGUGAUCAGAACCACUAAUCCACAGCACGAAUAUUUAACCAAGGAAUUCUUUGGUCCUAUCUUGACCGUUUACGUAUACCCUGACAACUCUUACGAAGAAAUUAUGAACUCAAUUGACGGUGCUACCAAGUACGGAUUAACUGGGUCCGUGUUUGCUCGUGAUCGAGAAGCCAUCAGAUUAGCCGAGGAGAAGUUGAGAUAUGCUGCUGGUAAUUUCUACAUUAAUGAUAAGUCUACUGGUGCUGUUGUGGGACAACAAUGGUUUGGUGGUGCCAGAGCCUCGGGAACUAAUGACAAGGCUGGAAGUGGUAAUAUAUUGUCGAGAUUUGUUAGUGUUAGAAGUGUCAAGGAGAACUUCUACGAAUUGACUGAUUUCAAGUAUCCUUCUAAUUACAAGUAAAAGUGUAUAAGUGUAUAAAAUUGACGUUUUCCAUGG